AUGCAGGUGAUGUCAAUAACACCCCUCUUAUGUGCAUUUAUUAGAAACUUAUGUGAUACUGACAUCCUUUCUAAAUCUGAUCCACCAGUGGUUGUUGUUUUCGAGAAAACGCAUGACAAUUCCUGGAGAGAACUUGGUCGAACAGAAGUUAUUCAGAAUACACUCAAUCCGGAUUUUGUUAAAAAGAUAGUAAUUGAGUAUCAUUUCGAAGAACAGCAACGACUGAAUUUUGCUGUGUACGUAUUCGACGAGUUUAAUUGA